AUGGCCACGCAAGACUUGCCCCCGCUGCUGCGCCUCUGCCAGCUGCGCAAGGCGCGCGCCUCGCCGCUUCCCUCGGGCGCCCCGGCAUUCGAGACAGUGUGCCUGCCCGAGGGCAUGGCGCGGGUGCAGAGCCGCGCCUUUGGCGGCACCAUGGCCUGCCAGGCGCUCCAGGCCGCCAUGCAGACGCUCCCGCCCGCGCCCUCGCCCGCCGAGCGCUGGGCCGUCUACUCGGUCCAGGGCAACUUCCUCGGCCCGACGGACUCGCACAAGCGGGCGACAUACACUGUAGAAACGCUGCGCGAGACGCGGACGUUUGUCACGCGCUUCGUCGUCGCCACGCAGGAGUUUGCUGCCAAGAGGAAGGGGGAACCGGCUGGAGGAAGAGACGGUGGUGGGGAUACGGAAACGCGAAAAGUCUUUAGCUGCACCGUCGACCUCAUCCGGCGCGUUGAGGCUGCCAAGGAAUUCCCAGCCGCGGGGCCCGUCCUGGCGUUCAGCCAGGCGCCCUCGCGCAACUAUCCAGACCCGGCGGGCGGCAGCGUCAAGCUCUGGGUCGACGAGGUCGAGGCGCGGGGCAAGACAGGCGAGACGUCGGCCGACAACGUGCGGCGGUUCAAGGAUUUCUUCAAGCUCGCCUACGAGAUCCUCGACCUCAAGUUUGCGCCGGGCUCGACGCAGCAGCAGACGCUCGUCGGCAUCGACCAGGACCACACCACGUCGGCGGCGGGCGUGCCGUCGGAGCAGCGCGUCGAUGCCGACUUUUUCAAGUCGCGCUACACGAUUGCCGACCUCGUGCGGAUCAACGACGAGGUGCGCCGCACGCCCGCCGGCCGCGAGGUGCUGCCCAUGGACGCAUACAGCCUCCAUGCGUCGCUGCUGGCCUUUUGGCUCGACAGCCUCCUGGCCUUUUUACCCUUGAACCACCACGGCCUCCAUGCGCGCGACACAACGGCCAACUCGACGCUCGACUUUAGCCUCCGCUUCCACAACGACGACCUCGACGUCGACCAGUGGCACGUCCGCGAGCUCCGGUCCUGGUGCGCCGACCGGACACGCCAUUUCGCCGAGAGCAGAGUGUAUGAUCAGAGAGGAAGGCUCGUCUGCUCCGAGUCGCAGCAGUGCAUCUCUAGACUCAAAGAGAAUGGCCGAGCGCCGAAACUGUAG